GUGCUUGACCGUCCUUGACAGACUGAAGACGGACAUAAUCUCGGUUUGCUUGCCACUCCUCUGUCUUAGGCUGCGCCUUCCGCCCCUCUGCUUCUGCUGCUGCCGCUGCCGCUGGACAAGGCGCUCGCCGAGCAACUUCCCGCCCGGUUUCUUUACGAUCUUUUUUUUUUUCUUUUUCGCUCUCUCCUUCCUGGUCCAGCCAAGCCCCGAGACUUUGACAAGGAAUUUCAAGGUCGGUGUCGAUUUUGCCUGGGAUGGCAUCGACGGCGGCGGACCAUGUGGCCCCCGAGGAGCCCCCGAGCGACGGCUCUAAGCUAAAAACGUUUAUCGGCAUUCUGAAGAAGUUCAUCGGCGUGGCGGACCUCGCCGCCGUGAGAUUCUCGCUCCCUUCGCAGCUUCUCGAGCCGACGCCGAACCUCGAAUACUGGAACUACCUCGAUGCCCCCAACACCUUCAUCGCCAUCGGUACGUCGGACGAGCCCGUCGACCGCAUGCUCGAGGUUAUGCGCUUCUGGUUCACAAAGGACCUCAAGUACGCCAAGGGCCGCCCAUGCAAGCCCUACAACUCGUGCCUGGGCGAGUUCUUCCGCUGCAACUGGGAGGCCGAGGAUAAUGCCCCCAGGAUCGACACCAAGGCCUUGGGCGGAACCCCCGACCCCAGCCGCCCGGGCUCCGGCGCCUCCAGCCUCCGCUCCGGCAAGCCCACCGCCGCGUCCUCGGCCCUCGGCGUCCUUGCCGACUCGCGCGCCGCCUCCAACCUCUCGGUUCAGCAGACGGGCACCAACCCCGCCAACCCCGUCGUGCGCGUCUCGUACCUGACGGAGCAGACCUCGCACCACCCGCCUGUGAGCGCCUUCUACAUCAGCUGCCCCCAAAAGGGCCUGCACGCCCGCGGCUUCGACCAGAUCACGGCCAGGUUUACGGGCACCUCGAUCAAGGUCAUGCCCGGCGAGCACAACCUGGGAAUAUUUGUCACGCUCGAGAAGCGCGGCGACGAGACGUACCAGCUCACACACCCCGCUGCUCACCUCGGCGGCAUCCUGCGCGGUGCCCUCAGCGUGAGCGUGGGUGACAUGUGCUACAUCUCCUGCCCAAAGACCAAGCUCAAGGCAAUCUUGCGCUACUUCGACGAGGGUUGGCUAGGCCGCUCUACGAACACGGUCGAGGGCGUCAUCUUCCGCUACGACCCAGAAAACGACGACAAGGUCAACAUCAAGGACGUCCCCGACGAAGAUGUCCUUGUCAGACUCAAGGGCCCUUGGAAGGAGAAGGUCGUCUUUACGCUGGGCCCCAAACCUGUGGCUUCGCAUCCACCCGAGAAGCAGAACACCAUAAUCGACAUCGCUCCGCUGAGCGUGGCGCCAAAGUCUCUCCCGCCGGACAGCAUGCAGCUCGAGAACGAGUCGUUGCAGCUGUGGGGCGGCGUCACCGAGGCGAUCCAUUCCAAGCAGUUCUCCAAGGCGACCACGGUCAAGGUCGAGCUCGAGGAGAAGCAGCGCGAAAAGGCUCGCGAGCGCGAGCGCACCGGCGAGGUUUGGCAGCCGGCAUUCUUUGUCGAAGUCACCGACAAGGGCGGCAAGCCCCAGCUCACCGAGAAGGGCCGGGCUGUGCUCGAGAGGGCCCAAAAGGCCGACUGGAACAUUGCCGACAUCGUGGGCGCCCCGGCAAAGUCUGAGGAUGCAACCGAGGUGGACUCGGCUGCAGAGACGGCCAAGCCCUGACGAGAGUUGCUUCCAUCUAGCUAGCGUGAGACCAGAGUCCUUGCUUCUUGAUCUCCUCCCUGUCUUGAAUCCUUUUUUUUUUUCAAUAUCUGCCAGCCCUUGCAUUUUUUUGUUGUCUGGCUUCCCCCCGUUUUCUCUUGCGUAUAGAGUUUCAUUUGGUCACAAUAGAGAGGGGUGUCUUGGGAGUAUUGCUGCGGGCUCUUGCUAACCUGCGUGUUUUGUUGAUCAUUUUUAUCUUGAGUUCCCUCCAUGGUUCUGGGACAAAUGGCUGAGAAGAUCUGGCUUCCAAGGCCCAUCAGUGGCCUUGACGCUCUUUCUAAACAGCACCCCAGAGUGCCUCGGACUUUGCGGGGUUCCGUUCUGGAUCCUCAUGCCCUCAUUCUUUUUUAACUCUUUCUUCGGCUACCCCCAAUUCUGCAUGGCACUUACGUACAAGGAAUAUGUGCGGUUGGAUAGUGCAUGGCUUUAAUGUUGCAUCUCUCAUGAUUGUUGGCUUUCUAGGUAUCUCUUCAUCUGCACGGUGAUCUAGCCCUCGUGUCUGACCCAGAACGCUCACUCUAAACCCGCCGAAGGGCUCGCGGGGAGUUUUCAUAUCCUUUUUUCUUCUCUUUUUCCUUCAUGUCCAGGCAUGUCAGUAAGGCCGGAAGAUUGUCGCAUACGAAGACUCAUGCGGAGAUAUACAUAUCUAUACAUAAAUCAAGAUGCUCGGGUUACUGGCCUAUUAUUUCAGUACUCUUGCUUUUCAUAGCUUUCCAUGUAAUGUCUUGUCUACGGGAACUUCCAAUAAUAGUAAUAGGAGCUUGCAAGGGUGG